AUGUUCUGCAGAUACACCACGAUCCUGGUGGGGGCUCCGCAAGCCCGGGGUCUGCCUUCUCAGGGAGCCAAUCACACAGGAGCAUUGUACCAGUGUCCAAUCACAGGGGAGGAAUGGGACUGUGAGCGAGUAGACAUUGACGAAGAUGUGGACUUGGAAAGAGAAAGCAAAGAGAACCAAUGGCUUGGAGUGACUGUGAAGAGUCAGGGGGUCGGCGGCAAGGUUGUGGCAUGUGCUCACCUGUACGAGCUCCGGCAACGUUUCCGACAGCCCUCAGAGACGCGCGACCCGAUUGGCCGAUGCUACGUGCUGAGCGAGGACCUGACGGUGCGUGACGACCUCGACGGAGGCGAGUGGAAGUUCUGCGAGGGCAGGCCGCAGGGACACGAGCAGUUUGGCUUCUGCCAGCAGGGCAUGGCUGCCAGCUUCACCCCCGACAACAGCUAUAUCCUCUUUGGAGCCCCUGGUACCUACCACUGGAAAGGAGAGCUGCGUCUUCAGCUCGUGAAUCUGACGGGGCUGGACCUUGGUGUCUUUGACGAUGGACCCUAUGAGGUAGCAGAUGAGAAGCUUCAGGAUUCAAGACUGAUCCCUUUACAGUACAACAGCUACUUGGGGCUCUUAUUCAUGGCCAGCCCUGUGGAGGAUGCACUCGUUUACAGAACCCUGGACCCAUCUGAUCGCGGCUCAAGCUUUGAGGAUGUAGCCCAGAAUAGCUACUUAGGUUUCUCAGUGGACUCUGCUCUUGGCAUUACCAGCCCCCAGGAGCUCAGCUUCGUGGCUGGUGCCCCCCGUGCAAACCACAGGGGGGCAGUAUUGCUGCUGAAGAAAGACAAUGUGUACCGCCUGGUGCCUGAACACAUCCUGUGGGGGAGUGAAGUGGCCUCUUCAUUCGGCUACUCUGUAGCUGUUGCCGACCUAAACAAUGAUGGUUGGACUGACCUGGUUGUGGGAGCACCAAAUGUCUUUGACCGGAAGGCAGAGAUCGGAGGAGCCGUGUAUGUCUAUAUAAACCCCUCUGGCCUCUGGAAGCAUGCCAGUCCUCUGAGACUCAAUGGUUCCUACGACUCUAUGUUUGGACUGACUGUAACAAGUGUGGGAGACCUCAACCAAGAUGGCUUUGCAGGUCAGUAUCUGUAUGUCUGUAGAUCCUUCCAUCCAAGUGGAAAGGCUCACCAUCAGGAUAUAGUUGUUACUGCCUUUAGUUCAAUAGUAAGGCUUUCAUCUUUGAACCGUGAGGUUAGUGUUUGUUUGUUCUGUAGGAUGGCUAUUCCUCAUCAACUGUUCUUCAGUGGGAUAACGAAAGGGGAGAGUGCCAUGACGUCACAGCAAGAUGUGGGCAGCGCAGUGGAGUACAAAUUCACGGUUACCAACCCUGGUCAAUCCCUGCAGACUCUGGGCUCUGCUUUCCUCAAUGUCAUGUGGCCCCAUGAGCUGUCCAAUGGGAAAUGGCUUCUGUACCCAACUGGAAUGUAUUUCAAGGGGGACCGAAAUACCCACUGCUCCACCUCUCAGCCUCUCAACCCCCUGAGACUGACGGACUAUCACAAUCUACCUGGACAAACGGAUCAUCACAGCAGGAAGGGACGGUCCAAUCAGGAGAAGAGCCGUAUACAGACACAGGGAAUUGUGGGUAGAACAACACCAGCAGUGUCCGCUUCAGAGAGGAGGAAGUUACUGACGCUGGACUGUUUACUUGGUUCAGCCCGCUGUAUCCUGUUCCAGUGCCCCCUGCACAGCUUUGAUGGUUCGGCCGAGCUGACGGUCCAUGCCAGGCUUUGGAACAGCACGUUUCUGGAGGAUUUCCCGUCAGUCAGUGCUCUGGAGCUGCUGGUCAGGGCCAACAUCACUGUAAAAUCCACCAUUAAACACCUAGAGCUGAGAAACGCUGCUGCACAGAUCUCAGUGAUGGUCUACCCAGAGCAUGCUGUCUCAGAUCACGCUGGAAUCCCCUGGUGGAUCAUUCUGAUUGCAAUCCUCGCUGGGAUUCUGAUGUUGGCUCUGCUUGUCUGCCUGCUCUGGAAGUGUGGGUUCUUCAAGCGUGCACAAUACAAAGACACAGUGCCGCAGUACCAUGCAGUGAAGAUCCCUAAACAAGACAGACCUCACUUCAAAGAUGAGAAGACGGGAACUCUACACAAGAAAGAGUGGGCGACACACUGGAGUGACCACGAUGGGGCAUGAACAGUUACAGACCAUGACACAAACACACACACUGGAGCAAGCAGUCAGUACAUGACACAAACACACACGCAAUACACACACUGGAGCAAGCAGUCAGACCAUGACACAAACACACAUGCGAUACACACACUGAACAUACCACACUCACAAGCAGCGCAACAUACCACACUCUUCCCACCCUCUUUACAUGUAUGUCAGUAACAUCCCACAGUUGUAAAUUCAGUAUCAAUAGGAUGCAAAAAUCAACAGUAUGUACAGAACACAGAAGAAUUGGAUUGGCGGUUCUCCAUAUAUAUACGAAAAUGUAAGUGUGACAACAGAUGAAAGGAUGGAUGGACACCCCAUCAAUCCCCAGAAUCUAAUAUUCUUAAUGUACGCUAAAUAAUGUUAAUACCAUGUUUCAUGACAACUAGAUAAGCAGUUCUCCAGAUAUAGAUCUAUUGAUACAGACGCAUCCAUGUAUAGGCUGGAAAGGUUCAGGAGGUGGUCUGUAAAUAUGUUAGAUUUUGCUAUACUGGCCACUCUCUCCAGCUUAUGAUCUACCCCUGUGUGUUUGUGACUGUGUGGACCCUGCUGUUGUACAUAAGAAGCUUCUUCUCAACAAAGUUGAUCCUGGUGCAGUACUUUUAAUAAAAUACCUUUAUAAAAUAACUACCCAUCAGCAUUCAACAACAUAACCCUGAUUACAGGCUGUUUCACUUCAUACAGGGUAAAGGCUGCUAGAUACUUAAGCGACCAGCAGGGGGUAGUCUUGGAGCUGCGACCAGCUAGAGCUGAGAAACGUCCAUCUUUAAGUUUCUAGACCACUUUGGAUAGCAGUAACUUUCUAGUUGUUUAUUGUACAGUAAACGGUUUACCAUGAUAUUUUUGCAGUUUUCCCCUAUGCUUUUCCUAUGAUUAUGUUUUAUAAUACACAUUUCCAUGCCUUACAUUAGUUUGGUUGCUCGUCGUUGGACUGUGGUGACCAGAACUGGAAACAUUGUGAGGUCUACCUGUUCAAUGCAGAUCUGCUCUGGAACACUGCUUGCGCAGUUGUAUUAUGAUGCCACUGGUUUUAAUAGAUUUUCAGCUGAGAAUUCCUAUCCUUGGGACAGGUCUAAGGGGUGUAUUUUUAUGCUAUUAGGCUCACAGAUGAGCGUCCUUUCAAAGCCACACCCACAAGUCAGUUUUAAGGCUGUUGGUUUAUUUUGACAAAUCUAGUGGCUGAAACUUUUACUGGAGAAUUUUACUGAAGAAAAGCACAUUUGCAAGGGUUUGAAAAAGUUUCUCUUGCUGUAUGUGUCUUUUUACACAGGCAAUCAGACAAGAAACCUCAUUGAAUGACAGCAGUGGCCCAUUUCCCUUCCAAGUAUAGUGCUUUUGUUUUUGCAGCUUUAUCAUCAGUAUUGUGUGUUUGUUCUAUGCUAGACCUUGCCUCUUAAAACUCAAUAUAUUGAGCAAGUACAAAAAAAAAAAAAUACAACUGACUACUGAUCAUUUUCACACAGCUUCAGAAUGUAGCAGCCACACAGGAGCACCCAUCGCGGGGUCCCAACACCGCCACCAGGGGCACUGCUAAACUGAAAUGACUCAAUUUACUACCAAAACCAAAUCAGCAGGUUCAUUGAAUAGAGAUAAAGUGACCAGAGAUAGCAACAGAGUGGCAGAGGCAGAAUAAAAGUCAAAAAAGUUUUAUUACAAUAGUUUCAAAGUUACAUAAAAGUCGGUUUAAAUAACCAAUAAAAUCUAUCACAGUUUUAAUAAGAGAAAGGCAGUUAAAUAAAAGGCAGGUAAAAAUACACUGAAAUCAACAAGUAGGGUCCUUAGACCAGGACCCAGCAGCAACUGCUCUUCUCAUUGAAGGAUGGUGGACAGAUAGAAACAGAUCUCCCCAGCAACGAUUCUACAACAAAACCAAAUAGUUAAUAAACACACAUGGGGGGCACUGUAUUUGAAGAGUCAGCAGCAGCAUACAGGGGUCCCCAAGGGUUAAGGGUUAAUUGAAUGUUAAUAGACUGGCAGGACUUCAAUAUUAAAUGGAAAGAAAACACACACAAAAAAAUGUAUAUAACUAGCAGAUCAGUUAGGUGGCUAUUGUCCUCACCUGCAGCGGUUAGUAACGCCCGCCUUCUACAAACAAAACCAUGGCAACUGUAAUAAUAAUAUAAUAAAAAAAAUAUAUCUAAACACAACAAAACCAUAAAAUACUAGUGCGCUCAAAACGAAAAAAAAAGAACAUUGCAAAAAUACCAGACUAUCACUUAACCAACUACAGUCUUUACAAAACAACAGCUACAAUAAUAAUAAUAAUAAUAAAGAAAUAACCAAUGACCUUUACGCUGCGCUGAGGUCAAGCCCCAAAUUGACUGACCAGCUUUGACAAAGAAGAAAUGCCUCCCCCACCCGCCAGCAAAAAAUAAAAAGGCUUCCCUCUUUUUAAAGCAGAUGAGAGGUGAAGGACACAGCGUUUACAAUAACAAGCAAGCAGAAGGGGUGGGUCUCUUAACCUGCCUCUUCAAUGCUUUGAUCCAAUAAAAGCAAAACUUAUGAGACCAGGAGGUAACCACACGUCUCAGAGCUUUAUUCAAUACGCAAGAUUUCCAAACGCAAAACACUUUUUUAGAAUUCAGGCGGCUGAAACACCACAAGACGUCGACAAAGGGCAUCUUCCAUACACUCCCCGGCGCUACCGUCCCUUCUUCUCUCUUCUCGUCUCAAACAAAGAAACUAUUUAAAUAAAUAGGCAAUUAUCUAAUUAAGACACCACUAAAUCAAUCAAUAAAACCAAAAAGGACACGUGCAAUAAAGCAACUUACAACAAAACAUUUGAAAGAAGCCUGGUUUCCUAGGAGAACACAGAUUCCAAUCCAUUACAGAUUCAAAUCCCUCACAGAUUCCAAUCCCCUUAUCAAGUAGCCCUGCUACAUGUGUGUCUAUACAUUCUGGGUUAACUUUAUAUUGGGCUGAGAAUGCUGAAGACCACAGAGGCUGCUACACAAACAUUUGCUAAUAAGAACAUUAAAAAGUUACAACAAGGGGAGGCCAUUGGGCCAGUCAUUCGAAUCGUAGUAGCGGGUUGAUCUCAGAAUAUGUUUAGUUGCUUCUAUAAAAUAUCCCAAUAUAAGAACAUCAGAACAUAUACGAGCAGAGAGGCCAUUCGGCCCGUCUUUGCUCUUCUGGAUUCUAAUAGCCAGUGACUCAAUGGCAAUAUUGUGGCUUAGUAACUCAUUUCAUAUUCUUUCCACUCUAUAAAAAGUGUCUCAAAUCUGUCAAUAGCAAGCUCUGUGCUCGAGAGUGAAGUAGAGGUCUUAUGAGGAUGUCAGUAUUACUAACUCAUCAGCUGCUAGGAGGAGAUUCAUUACAUUUUCCACCCACCUCCUCAAAGCUCAUCCAUAGACACAAACACAAGAGCGCAUCCACCCAGUUCUAAAUACACCUGGGGGUCGAAUACAUUUCAGUCGCCUAGAUUCAAAUAGCUCCUCUUGGAGGACAGUGCGGGUGCUGAUCAGCUGUGCAGGGUGACACUAACCUGGGUAUGUUUUCAGUAACUGGAAUGGUUCUUUUUUCAGACUGGUAACUAAACGUGGAACCAGGUUACAUUUUAUAUGAAAAAAAAUAUGUCGACACUUUUACUUCAUUAAAAAAGGACAACUGCUAAUGUACAAUGUGGAAAGUGUUUUAACCGUGCAAGUCAACCCCGUCACGCGAUCACGCUUUUCGUAUGACGUCAGAGGAGGGAACGAGGAGGUUCCACUGCUGGAUCUCCAACGAAUAUUUCGAGCUGCAGCCUGACCAAACCGAAAAAAAAUGUCUGCUAUUUGUAACUGUAACUAGUUACAUGUUUUUCAAAACAGUAAGUUACUAUAACUAAACAGAUUUUCAAGUAAUUUCUUACUGCAACAGAUUUUUAAUUUUUUAUUUUAAUUCAUCACUAUUUUCAAUACAUUCUCAAAGGUAUGAUGUGACAACCCCAGGACAAUGACACAUUAAAAUAAAGACUGUAAUUUGUCUGUUGGUUUGUUUUGCACCAGUGUGUUCUAGGCAUGCAUGCAUUUUCAACUGACCCUGUUGGUACUAAACAAUAACUACUAUGAUUGCUUUGUAUUUAUGGAUAUAUUUAAGUAUGCAAAUUAAAAAAGAAAGCAACUGGUUUUGUAUUUUA